UUAUGGCAAUCGAGUGAUUGUUUCGUAAACAAUGUAUUAAUAAUAAUAAUAAUAAUAAAUGUUUGGAUAAAUGACGACCCGAUCGGACAGUUUGGUCGACCACUUGAGUGCUGGUCAUGAAGUGUUUGUCCAACAAUUGUGUCAAAUAUAAACAUUACUUAAUAUAAUAACUGAAAGCCAAUUGAAAAUCAAUACUUAAUUGCAAUUCAUAUUAAUGUAUAAAAAAUGAUAAAAUUAUUUGUCAACAAAAAUGUCGUGAAUUUAUAGUGCAAUACAAUUGUGACGACAAUUGGGAGCCGACGGGCCAUAUGAUGGACGACUUGACAGUACCAUUGGUUAUGGUUGCGGCCACUGUAUCGCUCGUAGCGUCACUUAUGGUCUGCAUUUGUCGCGACAAACCAAAGACAACAUCGGCGCUAACUAAUGGCCACAAUUUGUUACCACUUAACUCCAUUCGGUCCACCGAUUUGGCCAACAAUCCCGAACUAAUCCGAUACAAUGGAGGCACAUGUAUGGCCACUGAUGAUGUUGACAGCCAUUUGCGACAUAAUCAAAGAGCUCUUCCCGAUAUACCACUGGCCGCUAACUCAUUACUACACAUACCUAACAAUGAGGUGAAUCGCGAAACUCUAGACACUAUUGAUGGCAAACACGCAGAGCUAAAGAGUCGGUCAACUAAAGCAAGAGCUCCACCGCCACCAACACAUCAUCGGGUUGUUUCAUCUCCAUUAGUGGCCACUGACGAUGAUUUGCAUCAUUCGUACGCCAGAAUCAAAGACAAUGCAAUCAUCGACUCGUCAGAGAAUGAAACGGAUGACUACUCAGACUCACAGUUUUAUUCAGCUGUCGUUACACACAAUAGUGACCACUCGUGUCCACCGGUGCCCACCAAACGGUUUACGAAUGAUCACAACAAUGACAUUAAUUAUAUUUCUUCAAAUCCUUCGACAUCGCGAGCCGGACAAGACAUGCAAUAUAUGGGUUCACCAGUUCUUCAUCGUCUACACCAUCUUAAUGAAGAGCAAUUUCCUCAUCUACUUGUUGAUGAAAAUCCUAUGGAUAUAUCAAAAAGUGAGAUCUCAUACAAUACUAUUUCAGUUCGGGAACCGUUAGCUAAAGUGUUAGCCGAAAGGGCUAAUUCUGAGCAUCACUACAAUGAAGUAGAAGAGGAAAGAGUUUCGUCGUUUUAUGAAGAAAUCGCUGGUUCAACAGCCUCUUCAGUCACUUACUCUAAGAUUGGAGACAAUAUAAUAUUGAGUGAUAAUUCUUCGCAUAAAAAUUUAGGACAAAAACUGCCAAAUAUAACAAAUGGUGUACCAAUUGGUCACUUAUAUCCAUUGGAAGCAUCGACAUCGAGUUCUACUCAACAGUCAUUUACUAAUAUUACUCCUAAUUGUGAUUUACGUUUAACUAACAAUUAUCCAAAAGACUUGUACUCAUCAGUUGACAAAAAAAUGAAAUCAAAACGAAAUAAUAGACAAACAAUUCAUUGUAUACCCGAUUCAGAUAAUGAAUUUGACAAUUUGUAUGCAAAGGUACAAAAACACACCAAUAAUAUGCCAAAAGAGUCUAAUUUUUAUCCACAUCCGAGACCAUCGAGUGUUAGUGAUGUCGACCCAAUGCUAUUGUCAGAUAAUGGCAUUCCUCCACCACUCCCACCACCACUUAAGUCAUUUCACUCUACAAGUCAGUCAAGAAGUUCGCGAACCAUCUCUUUAUAUGACUCAUCAAAUUCUGCCACAAACUCUCAUACGGGUUCACAUCAGAGAAGAUAUUCCUCUGGUACUCAAUCAAUAAACACAACUGAUUGGCAUAAUAGAGAUGUAGGUAGAGAUAUGAACACCGAUUACUUUACAUAUGGAGCUGUUGGUGGUAAUGAAGUUGAAUUAGAGAGCGAUCCCGGAUAUGAAGUCAUACAACGAAAGAAAACCAAUACCACAACAUUUGGCGCUCCAAACACAAUGGUUCCAAUGGCCAUCACUCAUGUUAAUGGAAUCAAUUCUCCAUCAGAUCCAGGAUAUGAAGCAAUCCGUUACGAUGAGUCUGAUAACGAUCCUAAUUAUGAAGUGAUCGUCAAAAAAGUCAAUACAAACUCACAGACCGUUAAUAUAUCUGAUCCGGGAUAUGAAGUGAUUAUUAAAAAAGAAUCACAAAUUACACCAAAAACUCAUUCGCCUUGUUUUGAGUACAAUAUUAACAGAAAUUUAAGUGAUGUGUCCUCUGAACCGGGAUAUGAGAGAAUCAGGUAUACGAAGAGAUCAGUCGAUCAAAUAGAGUCCGAACCAAACUAUGCUUCCAUUAUGAAGAAUGAGGACUUGUAUGCACAGGAAGAAGAGGAUGAGACCAUUAGUGAGCGAUUAUGACUCAAAUGACUCACAAAUAUAUGUA